AUGGCUAGCAACUGUGCCGCAAGACUCAUUGUCUUCAUCGGUGUCUUUUUUGUUCUCGCUUUUUUUCCAAACACGGGGGUAAAUGCCAAAGUUGAGUCAAACAGUGAAGCAACAGUGAAAGAAAAUAUUGGAAGAAUUAAGACCAGUUCGAAAACAGAUGAGGAAGUUAUUCAGAGGCUGGAAGAAGCAAUUAAAUUGGAUGGGCUCUCUGUUGCAGAGAUGAAAGAGUUAAGAAUUCGGGCUGAGAAACACAGUUUUCAGGCUGAAGUAAAUCGUAUGAUGAAACUGAUUAUUAACUCUUUAUAUAAAAAUAAAGAGAUUUUCCUUCGUGAGUUGAUAUCAAAUGCUUCGGACGCACUGGACAAAAUUCGGUUGUUAUCAUUGACGGAUCCAUCGGUUCUUUCUGCUACUGAUGAACUUUCAGUUCGGAUUAAGGCAGAUCCAGAAAAUCACAUAUUGCAUGUGACGGAUACUGGCAUUGGAAUGACAAAAACAGACUUAAUCAAUAAUUUGGGUACAAUUGCGCGGUCAGGAACAUCAGAGUUUUUGUCAAAGCUGUUGGAUUCUUCUACAUCAUUAGAACAACAACAGGACAUGAUCGGACAGUUCGGUGUCGGUUUCUACUCUUCCUAUCUUGUUGCAGAUCGUGUUGUCGUAACUUCGAAACAUAAUGAUGAUGAUCAGUACGUUUGGGAAUCUGACAGUUCUUCGUUUAUAGUUGCAAAAGAUCCUCGGGGUGCAACUCUUAAGCGUGGCACACAAGUUACAUUGCAUCUGAAGGAAGAGGCUUAUGACUUCUUAGAAGCCGAUACAUUGAAGAACUUGGUGGAAAAGUAUAGUCAAUUCAUCAAUUUUAAUAUCUACUUGUGGCAGUCCAAGACAGAAUCAGUUGAUGAACCCAUUGAAGAAGUAGAAAAAGUAAAUGACGAAAAGACUGAAGAUGCUGAUGGUAAAGUUGAAGAGGACAAAAUAGAACAGAAAACCAAAAAAGUCGAAAAAACAACGUGGGAUUGGGAAAAAAUCAACAACGUUAAGCCCAUAUGGAUGCGAAAGAAUGAUGAUGUUGAAGCGGAAGAAUACACAGAGUUUUACAAGAGCAUUACUAAGGAUCACGAAAAUCCUCUUGCCUAUGUACAUUUUACGGCUGAAGGGGAGGUUACCUUCAAAUCUAUUCUCUAUGUUCCUCGACAUAGUCCAUUCGACAUGUUUCAGAAUUAUGGAAAGGGUACAGACAAUAUCAAACUGUAUGUGCGUCGUGUUUUCAUCACUGAUGAUUUUCAUGAUAUUAUGCCGAAAUAUUUAUCUUUCAUCCGUGGUAUAGUAGAUUCGGAUGAUUUACCAUUAAAUGUUUCCCGUGAAACCCUCCAACAGCAUAAACUUUUGAAGGUCAUCAGGAAGAAGCUUGUCAGGAAAGUACUGGAUAUGUUCAAGAAGAUGGAACCUAGUGAUUUUGAAGAUUUUUGGAAAGAAUACAGCACAAAUAUCAAGCUGGGCAUCAUGGAAGAUCCCACAAAUAGAACACGUCUUGCAAAGCUCCUGCGUUUCUAUUCUUCCAAUGGAAAAGGCAAAAUGACUUCACUUGCUGAAUAUGUGAGCCGAAUGAAGGAUAAGCAAGAAAUGAUUUUUUAUGUCGCUGGAAAUUCACGAGAAGAGGUGGAAUCAUCUCCUUUUGUUGAACGUUUAUUGAAGAAGGGAUAUGAGGUACUGUAUUUGGUGGAAGCUGUGGAUGAAUAUACCAUCCAGUCGAUGCCGGAGUUCGACGGAAAGAAAUUCCAGAAUGCUGCUAAAGAAGGACUGAAAAUUGAUGACGGUGAAAGAAGUAAAGGAAUGCAAGAACAAUUAGAAAAAGAAUUUGAGCCGCUGACGGAUUGGCUCAGAAAUGUGGCUCUGAAGAAUAAGAUUGAGAAAGCACUCGUUUCGCAACGUUUGGUACAAUCACCAUGUGCACUAAUCGCAUCUUCUUACGGUUGGUCAGGUAACAUGGAACGGAUCAUGAAAUCUCAAGCGCAUUCGAAAUCUUACGACCCAACUCAGGAGUUUUACGCAAGUCAGAAGAAAAUAUUCGAAAUUAACCCACGCCAUCCUGUUAUCAAGGAAUUACUGCGUCGCGUGAAGUCUGGCGAAAGCAGUGAGAAAGCUACUGAUACAGCUGUACUACUGUUUGAAACGGCUACAUUACGGUCCGGUUUCACUCUGAAUGAUCAGAUUGGAUUUGCUGAACGAGUUGAGCAGAUUCUGCGCCGAACGAUAGACGUAUCAUUGGAUGAGCCAGUAGAAGAAGAGCCUGAAAUUGAGGAAGAGGACAAAGACAAAGAGUAUGUCGAGGAAAAAGAUGAAACAAAGGAUGAGACAGAGCAUUCAGAACUCUGA